UCGUUGGGGGGUUGCGGAUAACUUGAGGCAGAGCUUGCAUCUUCGGGAAAGCCAACAGCAAUGAGGAUCCCAAUGCUGUUGAUUCGAGAGAUUUGGGCGUGUGGGUUCAAUCCCACCCCUCUCGCAAUCCCAUUUCCUUUCCCCAUCUCAGCUCUCUCUGAUUCUCUCGGUAUCUCACACGCUGCUGUGUCCUCAAAUUCAAGUUGGCGUCCACAGACUGGAGCUCGGUGAGAGCUUCGUGGUUGACGGAGGAGUGGGACUGUUGAAUUUCAAUGGAAGAAUUCGUGGUUCUGUUGUGGAAUUGGUAUGAUGGUAGAGAUGUGGAGUAGACGCGCGGAGGAGAUUGGAGGCGAGAUGGAUUUUGGGAGUGUUGGAGGAAUUGGUGUGAUGCGGUGUUGAGGAGGGAAGCAUGGCCAUGGUGGGUCAGGGCUUUGGUAGCCCCGGGCUAUUGCCAAUCCGCCUCCGCAACUCCUCGUCUCAUUUUCAUUCUGGGAUUUAUUUCAAAGACGUGCUGCACGUUAUGCCUGACCCCAAACAGAGCUCCUGGCUAGUGUCAUCCAUCCCAAGCACUGCAGCCUGUGCAGAGCCUGAUUCUAGAUUCAUAUAUUUGUGUUUUUCGUCGUCUCGGUUGAGAGCUUUUACGAAUGGGAGACUCCAUUUUCCACCCUUGCAAGCGGCGGCUUUACUGUUUUCCCAGACACUUAUCAGUCCUAAACUCUCUGAUUCCACUCUUAGGAUGUCCAAUGCGAACCCUGAUAUUGAGGGUUCAGACAUGCUCGAGCAAUGCAAGCCUAGCAACCCAAGUAAAUCUAAGUCGUCGCUGGCUCGAUUUAAGGCCCUAAAACCAGCAGGGGUCAAGGCCUCCCUGCAAUCAACAGAGAAGCGUCAGCUGAAGCGCUACGUCACAUUGGCCAAACAGCUCGCUGCCGAGGGACACAUGCUUGAGUUCGCCGCGUUUCUCCAGAUGCUGGCAGAUGCAGGACUCGACAAAGAGUCGUUUACCUCGAAAUUGGACUUCGCCCAAGUGGAUGCUGGCCUUACCCUGCUGCUGUCACGAAAUAAACUGGAUACGUUUGUAAGUGUGAUGAAGAAUCUCACAAAAGCAGGAUACACUGCAUGGCAAUUUGCUGGGAAGCGCUCGCGGGAAAUUUUGUCUGAUGAGCUUCUGUUGCUCUUGGAAACCGGGAGAACUGAAUAUUGCGUCAAGAUUGUUGAGUCAUUAUCAGAAUGUGGGUUUCUGACUAAGAAACUAAUCGAUUCAGCCCGCGUGAUUGCAAGCUGCGCAAAAUCAUGGAACCUUUCGUUGGCUUACAGAUUUGUGAAACUUCUUUCCCGAAAACCGUGGCACUACAAUCUCAUGAUACGAGAAUUUAGCUAUAAUCACCAGCUUCAGAGCUCAUUCGAUGUUUUGGAUAUCAUGCGAGAGUUUGGAGUUGCGCCUGAUUUGUACACGUACCGCGCUUUAAUUGACUCAUGUGGACGCUGCAAUGAAUCCUCCAAAGCGGCCGUUGUAUUCGAGACGAUGCUGAAAGAUGGCUUUAAGCCCAACGUGUUUGUCUACAAUAGCCUGAUGAAUGUCAGUGUCGGUGACCUGGAUGAAGUGCAGCGUUAUUACCAGCAUAUGCAGGGUGCAGGAAUUACAGGCAACUUAGCUUCUUUCAACAUUCUGCUCAAGGCGUAUGCUGCUUGUGGCCGUGCAGACCUGGCAGCUGACCUCUACUUCCGCAUUCAGCAGACAGGCGAACUCAAUCUGGACGUUGUAUCUUACAAUGCUGUUAUCAAUGUUUUCGGAAGAGCAAAGAUGUGGGAGAAAGCCUUGCGAGUUAAAGCCGACAUAAUAGAAGCUGGGGUGACUCCCAAUGUUGUGACAUGGACUUCAAUCAUCGAGGCGUGUGCUACUGCAGGCCUUGUAGAGCGAGUGUUCCAAGAAUUUGACGAAAUGCUUAGUGCGGGUUGUUGUCCAAAUGUAGACUGCUACAAUGCGCUUCUCCAGGCUUGUGUCAUGGCUGGCCAAAAUGAGCGGGCAUUUCAGCUUUUUCAAGAAUGGAAGCAAACGGGGCAAAUACGUCCCCUCUCCGAUCAUUUGAAUCACCCUGACCCACUCUGCAGAACAUAUGAGCUGAUAGCUGUCUCAGACAUCUUUCCUCGGCCUUCACCGUCGUGGAACGGAUAUAUAGACGAGGAGAACUGGGACUCUCUACGAUUAUCUCGUUGUAAGCCGAAUCUUCUGACAUACAACUGGAUGAUGAAGGCAUGUGGUGCAGCUCCAGAGAGGAUAAGGUCGCUGAUGCUAGAGAUGCAGGCUUUUAACCUAAUUCCCGACGUGACGAGCUGGUCAAUUCUCCUAGGCGCUUACGGAAGUAACGGCGACCUGGAGGGUUGUAUGGACACUUUUAAGGAAAUGAGACGGGCCAGAUUCAAGCCAGACGUCGUCGCGUAUACAACUCUGAUCAAGGCGUGCGUCCUAUUCGGAGAAUCGGACAUGGCGUUCGAAAUUUUCCAGGAGAUGAAAGCUGCAGGCGUGCGUCCCAACGCCGUGACGUACAACACCUUGAUACGAGGCCACCGAAGUCACAGUCAACUCUUCCAAGUGCAACGGGCGUUGGCAAUUUACGAAGAAAUGCGGGAAGCAGGGCAUACUCUCAAUGACUUCACACUUCAAGGGCUGAUCAAGGAGUGGGGUGAAGGUCUUUCUGAUGGAAGGCCGUCAAGCUAUGUCGACUCCGAGAAGGGAUUCCUGGAGUACACCGAAGCCCUUGUGCAGAAAGUUGCUGCCCAUGCACGCGACCAUAAUGACAAUUCCAUUGUUGAUUUGCAUGGCUUGUCGAUGGGUGAAGCGCGAGCAGCAGUCUUGGCCGUUCUGCGUACCAUCAAAGAGCGCUUCUUGCUUGGCAAUCCUGUCACCGGGGACUUAGUCAUCAACACUGGGGUAGGCCACCACAGUGAGGACAAAGGAGUCUCUAUUCUUCGAGACGUUGUGCUUGGCGUUUUGCAGGAAGAGCUUGGCCUCUGUGUUGAGUCUGUGUUGGCGGACGUCCCGGGCCAAGCUUCCAGUAGUCAGUUAGGAAGUAGUGGAAGUAGCGAUGGUUCUUCAUCACACCUGCCACGAACACCUGUUAGACCUCACAGACCAGUCAACUUGGGUAGAUUGAAGGUGAUUAAAGAGUCGCUCAACGCAUGGUUGGGAAGGAAGUCGCAAACAGUCACUGAUCGACAAUGAUUUUCAUUGACUAGUGUAAAUUACAUUCUUCGUGUAUCUUGUAUGGAUUUGACAAAUCGCAGCGUGGGCUCAAUUGUUCACUUUUGUUACUGAUUCAAUAAUCUGGAUUGACGGUUUUAGA